CGGGGCCGCGGGGAGGUGGCCGGCGAGCGGCGCUGGGAGCCAGUCGCGCCAAGAGCGCGGAGCCCGGGAGUUGUGCGCGUGGAGGGUCCUCGGGCGGGCGACGCGGGAUCUCGCGGGCCAUGGCACCCCCUAUCAGAGGAAAAAGGAAGCCGUCUGAGGAGGGUGACCCCCUAGAUGCCCCUGCGUCCCCCAAUCCUGAUGGUGAGCAGAGCAGGAGCCAGAGCCCCAUCCAGCUAGAGGACUCCCCCGAGGCAGGUGGGGAGCGGGAGGAAGAGCAGGCCUUCCUGGUCAGCCUCUACAAGUUCAUGAAGGAGCGACACACACCCAUCGAGAGGGUACCCCAUCUUGGCUUCAAGCAGAUUAACCUGUGGAAGAUCUACAAGGCGGUGGAGAAGCUGGGGGCCUAUGAGCUGGUGACUGGUCGCCGCCUCUGGAAGAAUGUGUACGACGAGCUGGGGGGCAGCCCGGGCAGCACGAGUGCGGCCACGUGCACACGGCGCCACUACGAGAGGCUGGUGCUCCCGUAUGUGCGGCACCUGAAGGGGGAGGAUGACAAGCCGCUGCCCCCCUCCAAGCCCAGAAAGCAGUACAAGAUGGCCAAGGAGCCUCGGGGGGACGACGGGGCCACUGAGCGGGCAAAGAAGCCCAAGGAGGAGAGGCAGGUGGCACAGGUGACACCAGGAAAGACCAAAACGGAUGCCACCGAGCUGGCUCCGCUUCCCAGCCAAGAGCCCCCCAGGCACAGCACGGAGCGGCUGGGCCCAGCUGCAGGGUCCUCCUUGCCCUUUGUGGGUGCUGGUGUCUGCCCGGAGGCCUACAAGAGGCUGCUGUCCACCUUCUACUGCAAAGAGACACAUGGUGUCAUGUCACCUCUGGCCAAAAAGAAGUUGUUGGCUCAGGUCAGCAAGGCAGAGGCCUUGCAGUGCCAGGAGGAGGGCUGUCGGCACGGGGCAGAGGCCCCUGAAAGGGAACUCCCAGAGAGUUCCCAGAACCUGAGGGGGCUGGCCGAACACUCUGGGCGCCAGCUGGCUCCACCGGAGGAGUUGCACACGCUGGGAGGUGGCCUGCGGACGGAGGCUUCAGGGGGCCCCUGCCCCGCACCCCCCGUCUUCAUGGGUUCUUUCCACAGCUGCCCCACGGAGGUGCUGAGACCUAUCAGCCAGCACCCCCGGGACUUCUUCUCUAACCUUAAAGACAGGGUGCUGCUGGGGCCCCCAGGCAAAGGAGAGGGGCUUUCGGCCAAGGAGCCCCAGCUGGUGUGGGGCGGGGAUGCCAGCCGCCCCUCUGCCUUCCACAAAGGCAGCUCCAGAAAGAGCGGCUUCUACCCUAAGCCCAAAGCCUGCUGGGUGACCCCUAUGGCCAAAGUCCCUGCCCACAGCCCUGUGCCACUGCCCACUGUCCCCAGCAGCCCCAGCCUGGGCAACAAGCGCAGCCUGGAUAGCGAGGGCUUUGCUCAUGGUGGCAAAAAACUACGGGCAGUGUCUCCUUUCCUGAAGGAGGCGGACACCAAAGAGUGUGGGCCCAAACCCGUGGCACCCAGCAUGGCUGUCUCCUGCCUGCCCCUGGGGCUGGCCCUGGGGCCGGCCCCAGCAGAGGCCUACAGGGGCACCAUGCUGCGCUGCCCGCUCAGCUUCGCCGGCACCCCAGACCCGCUCAAGGGCCAGGCUGCGCUGCCCUUCAGCCCCCUGGUCAUCCCGGCCUUCCCGGCCCACUUCCUGGCCACUGCCAGCCACUCACCCGUGGCCGCUGGCCUGAUGCACUUCCCCCCGGCAUCCUUUGACAGUGCCCUUCGCCACACACUUGGCCCGGCUUCACCAACCUGGCACAUGCCACCUGGCACAACCUACGCACCACCCUCCUUCUUCCACUUGAACACCAAGCUGUAGGUCGGCCCAUCAUAUCAUGCUGCACUGCAGAGGGCGGAAGUCCCCGGAGAGGGAUGGGCACCACUAGGUGGCUCACUGCCCAGGACAGGUGGGCGAGGCAACCUGGCACAAGCAAGGUGGCAGUGGGAAAACUGGGUUUGUCUCAAGGUGGCAGUGGGAAAACUGGGUUUGUCUCAAGGAAGCAGAGCCUGGGGACCCUGAUAGGAGAGGCCUUGGGUGAAGAUGUGCAGGGUUGGUGGUGCCCAGGGGGUGACCCUGGUGCACGAGUUGGGAGCCGGUGGAAAAGUCUGUCUUGGUUAAUGGUGUCCCUGAUGCCCACCGAAGUCCAGUAAAAAGAUAUACUCGGACCUCUUUGCAAAGGCAAGUGGGCAGAACAAGCUGGUGGCCACCCAUGUGGUAGCCCAGGAGAUGAAGAGAUUCCGUUCAGUGGUCCAGUUGCCACAGAAGAGGGACUAAGCAAAGCGUGGCCUCCAAGUUAUUCCACAGGCCUCCUGGCAGAUCCGGUACCUUCCUGGGUGGGCUUCAAGCCACCUGCCUGUCACCUCACGUGCAACUGGGAAUCCAGCAGGCAGGUGACCUGGCAGGUGAGUGCAGGGCUGGGCAGUGCCCUCCUGCACAACCCUAGGUAUGGAGCUGGCCCUAGAACUCUGGGCCCAGGACCAGGUGCACCCUGUGUCUGCUCAGCAGCUGUGGAGAGGGAAGGCACUUUCUUGGUUCCAGCCAAGGUUCCCUGGCUCCAGUGAUCUCGGCCCAACUUUUGGAGCAGCUGAAACCCAAGGGUGUAAUCAUGGAGCCCAAGUCAGCCUGCUCUGGCCAUGCUGGAGACCUGUGGGCUCUGCUGCUGCAUGCAGUGGCCGUCACCACCCAGAUGCACUUCCUGCCCCUUGCGGAAGACCAGCAAGGCCACUGGGGUCCUGUGGUGCUGAGGGAGAGGGAAAGCCAGCUGCUACCUGGGCAUCUGCUUUGGCAGUGAGUUGCCCAUGGGUUUCAGGUGUGCUUUUCUGAGGGAGUCAGCAGAUGCUCAGUGUGGCUUCACUGCAAGUGCCAGAGAGGCAGUGACCCCUAACCCCAGGGAUGCCAGGGCAACCCAAGGGCCCAGUCCCAGAACUUGAUCUGCCCUCUGGGAUAAGACCCUCCCAUCCUGCCAGUCGUGGAAGGCUGAAGCCAGGAGUGGGGUGGGAUCUCUGGGGAGCACAGACCAGGCCACACACAGCAGGUCUGGUGCCAGGGAUGUGUCCCGGGCAGGGCUGCAGCUGCCUGUGGAGGACCUCAGGCCAGGUGCCCUCCAAGCAAGGCCAGCAGCAGGGUGGCUGUUGCUGCCUUGUGAGCAGGGGCCCAGGAUGCCAGCCUGAGUACCUGGAUGACCAUCUCUGAGCUCCCCCACUCUGCAGGCACUGCACCAUGCACUGCUUGUCUCUGAGCCUGGGGUUCCCUGUAGGUGACAGAACCAGGAGGUAUGGAGUUCUGACCAUGGUGCAGAUGUCCUGGGUGCUGGGGUGAUUGCAUCCUCUGGGUGAGAUGAGGGCUGCUGAUUGUGGGGUGUCCUGGCUGGAAUGGGGCAAGGUCCUGGGAUCCCCUUUAUUUGCAAAGCAAUGCCUGUCUCAGCCUCACGGAAGGGAGCAGGUGGCGGUGCUCAGCGCUGGGGUGGGGCGCCCUCUGGAGGCAGAUCUGGAAAACGCGUUUCUCUGCACCCCGAGUUGCGGCGGGAAGAACCCUAGCACUCAGGGUAGGUACUGAUGAUGCAGGAGCAGGGUGCAGGCCGGCCUUCCUGGGGCAGCUGAGGCCCUGAGCUUCAGCACACUGGCCUUGCACUGCCAUUCUGGCUCAUCCACUUGCCACGAUUCCCCAGGGGUGGGACUGUCCCUGUUUACAAACAAGGACACUGAGUCCCCAGAGCGAUGAAGCCCUCCGGAUGUCUGGCUGUGCCACUUGGCUUACCAUGGUCAUUCCUUUGCUGUGUCCCUGUUAAGCUGCCCUGGGGACUGCAGUCCAGCAGGGUCAACAGGGCCCAUGUGUGGAGUAAGUUGUAUUUCAGGGCCAUUUUUAGAACGCCUUCCAAAAUGUCAGCGGCUCUUGAGUGGCUGAUGGUGGCAAGGAGCAGAGGCCACUUUGGGAAAGCACUGACUGCUCCCGAUGGCCCUCAGUGUGGGCCACGGCAGACCCUGGGUGUCCAUGUGCUGAGGGCUACUGCCGGUGUGGGUGGGGACACUCAGAGCUCUGCCCCCCUGGAGCUGGCAUUGGGCAGGGGCAGGAGGGAAGCUGGUGAGUAAAUCACAGUGUCUGGGGACAGCGUGGUCCAGCAGCAGGCUGUGCAGUUUUGUCUGCUUUUGGGGCUAAAAUGUUUUUCAUUGUCACCUUUGUAAGUGUACAGUGCUGUGGCAUUAAAUGUAUGCUCACUGUCA